ACCACAGAAGGUUUUCCCGUAGUGACGACGACGUAUAUGAGAAAACUUCAUUCUUAUGUGCCAGUAGAACAAUAAUAACACAAAAAUGUCGUACUAUUAGUGUGAAUCUGCCAACUAACUAGUCAUAUAUAAUUAAAGUAAUAAACAAACUAAAUUAUUAAGUUAUGUGUGUGCUAAAAAUGUUCAUGUUUAUUUUUAGUUUUAUAUUUAUUGCCAUAUCACCAGCAGUAAGUUCGGUAGUGAAGCACGCGACACACUCAUGCAGUGUCGACGAGUUCUCCUGUGCAGACAGCUCGUGCAUCAGUCUGUCCUCUAUUUGUGACGGAGCUAGGGACUGUGAUGAUGGCAGCGAUGAAGCUCACUGCUCUCCUGGAAGUAAUUUGGGUAGCUUGACUGAAGAUGUGGUGCUACAUAGAGAUAGAAGACAAGCAUCACAGUGUCGACGAAACCAAUGGCAAUGUCGAGAUGGCAGCUGUAUCUCGUUUGAUGGGAAGUGCGAUGGCAUGGUGGACUGUCCUGACAAGAGUGAUGAGACCCACGCCUUAUGCAGGAAGACCAGAUGUCAACCCAACUGGUUUCGUUGUACGUACGGCGCUUGCGUGGAUGGGACGGCGCCGUGUAAUGGUAUCGUAGAAUGCGCCGACCAGUCCGAUGAGUUGCUGCCAAGAUGUCGGAAUGAGACUGAAGAGUCGCAGAACCGAUUUCGGUGUGCAGACGGCAGUUUCAUCUCGGCCGCGGACCACUGUGAUGGGACUCCAAACUGUCCAGACGGCUCGGACGAGACUGUCCGGGCGUGUUCGGACAAGACUUGCCCGGGUUAUUUGUUCCAAUGUGCUUAUGGAGCCUGCGUUGAUCAGGGAUCUGAUUGCAAUGGGGUAAAUGAAUGCGCAGAUGGUUCUGAUGAAUCAGACGAGCUUUGCAAUCGGAUGCUUCCAGGGACAACUACUUCUAAGCCACCACCAGUCGCAACGGGUAACUGUGUCUUCCCACCACAGCCGGAACACGGCAAUUUCGUAUCUAAUGUACCGAAUGCAGCGCCUGGGCAAAGAUUCUCCGUGCUACAACUCAAUGUCACUUGCCGUAGAGGAUACGGUCCUAUUGGGCCUGACAGCGUGUUUUGUUAUGAAGGCAUCUGGUCUGAUGCUAUUCCUCAAUGCGUUCGUUUAUGCAAAGUGGUCGUCCAUCCAUCAGUGACAUACCGCUGCCUCGUCGCCUCCGAUGGUGUUAAAGGCUCAAGAAACUGCAACAAAUAUGAACCAAAUGGAACAGUCAUCAGCCCAGAAUGCAACAGCCCAAACUAUUACUCGGCGAAUCCUCUCUCCAACAUGAGAUGCAUCGAUGGCAGCUGGAACCACGUGGCUACUUGUUCACCAGAAUGUGGGCGUGUAACUCCAGAUGGAAUAGAUCUGAUCAUAGACGGCAGGAAUGCCAAGAGAGGCGAGCUGCCAUGGCACGUCGGCAUCUAUAGGAAGACCAGAGAUCCUUACGAACAAAUCUGUGGAGGUUCUCUCGUCUCCAACACUCUUGUUAUAUCAGCUGCCCAUUGUUUUUGGAGUGACGCGAACCAAGUGUUGCCAGCUGCCAAUUAUGCUGUUGCCGCUGGUAAAAUUUAUAGACCCUGGAACAACCCCAGAGAUGUGGGGGCUCAGAAGUCCAAUGUCUCAGAAAUAAGGAUCCCGCAGCGUUUUCAAGGCAAUCAGGCUAACUUUCAAGAUGAUAUAGCUCUCCUCGUAUUAGAAACUGCGUUCGUGUACGCUACGUACAUCAGACCCGUUUGUCUGAAUUUCGACAUCAAUUUUGACAGAGCUCAGUUGCAACCAGGAGUAAUGGGCAAGGUGGCUGGGUGGGGUUUGACAGCUGCAAAUGGGACAGCUUCUCCAAUCCUGAAAGUGGUUGAGUUGCCCUAUGUCGACAUCUCAAUAUGCAUCAACGCUUCACCCGUGAACUUCAGAGAGUAUAUCACCAGUGACAAGAUUUGCGCUGGUUAUGGAAAUGGUACGGCGUUGUGUCGAGGCGACAGCGGCGGCGGCCUUGCCUUUCCCGAGAGAGAACGAGGCAACGACCGUUACUACCUACGAGGCAUAGUUUCAACUGCAGCUAGUAAUGAUGACGCCUGCAAUGCUCACACGCUCACUACAUUCACACAGAUAAUCAAACAUGAGCAUUUUAUCAAGGAGUCUUUGUAGAUUACAGAAUGACAUGUCUUGACGUUGACGUAAGCUCAAUUUGUCAAAUCGCAGCGAAGUUUUAAACAACCUAUAGAAAUUACUCGUUAAAAUCAAGCUCAGAAUAUUUAUUUGCUUGUUAUAAUGUAUAGCAGAUAUUCUAAUCUCAACGUCUCCCGAGCCUUUCCCCAACUAUGUUGGGGUCGGCUUCCAGUCUAACUGGAUGCAGUUGAGUACAAGGAGCGACUGCCUAUCUGACCUCCUCAACCCAGUUACCCGGGUAACCCAAUACCAUGGUUAGACUGGUGUCAGACUUACCUACUUGCUUCUGAAUAGUCGUAACGACUGCCAAGUAUGUUGUUUAGAAACUUCUUUGCUCCGGUUUGGCAGAGCCUUGCUUAAAGUUUAUGUAUGAAUUGAUCUGGCAAAAAGUAUUGUAAAGUCAAUUUCGCGAAAAAAGUCUCGCAGACGCAGCGCUAGUGUCUGUGCGAUAUCUCAGUAAAUACGUACAAAAUAACAGUUCCACAAUUUUCCGCGGGACUUCUUUCGUGAAUAAGACUUUAAGUUGAAUGAAAUCACGUUGAAAUUAACGCAGAAGCCGAAUUUUAAGUCUGAUAAUUGUAACAGUAAAAUAAAAAGGAAUUUUUUUUUAAAGUUUAUAUUUUAAAUGAAUCUGUCAUCACUGUAUUUCGCUGUGAAUUAAGUGUUGUUAAACGAAACAUUCCCAAAAGCAUUUAAAGCUAAAAAAAGACUGCUUGAUUGCUCUGUCCCUAAUAUUAAAAUCAUACACCUAUUAUAGGUAGGUAAUUAUCCAAAAAAAAAAAGAAUCUCUAGCAUCAAAGUCUGGAUUUUUUCUGGAUUUGUUUUCAAAAAGGAUUAAUAGAUUGGUUCAAAUCAUGUAGUAACUAAAGAUGAGCGGAGAUGCUAUAACGCAUGUAGGUCAGGCGCCUUCUUUUAGGUCAAAUUCGUACGGUGGGCAUGACCAAAACGAUCAGUUUCGAGUGCCCUAACGUGCUGACAACAAUUUUUGGUAUUACAAAAAUGGUCAGGACCAAAAAAGGCGUAUACAAAGGUGAAAACAAUAACUUUCCUCGUCCCCCACCCCCGCAUUUUCGUAGGCGAUUUUCCGUUACGGCAUCUCCGCUAGUCAUUUUGUUUUUCAUGGUCAAUGGCUGCUAGAAAGAGCAGCAACUCAAUAGAAAUGUUACCUAAAUGUGAUAUAUGUACGUAAUUUGUAUGUUUUCAUUGUGCUUAAAUGAUUUUAGAAAAUUGAUUUAUUCUUUGUUAUAUGUAAAAAACUAUUCUAAAUGCCAUUAGGUUUGGUGAGAAAGACGUACUUAUAAAAUAUCUAAAUGACAAUAAAUUAAAGGUUGUGAUGACGUAAGUAUAGUUGUUUGAACUUAUUGUAAUAAUUACUUUUAUACAUUCUAUAAUGAAAUCA